GCACUGAAUCUUUUGUAAAAACAUACGACCACCAUCUGCAACGACCUCGAGUUUCCACCGCGACUUACACCAGGGAGUACUAGAUGGAUUAAACGGCUUGAAUCGCAGCAAAUAAUUGUCUUCGCCUUCAGGCUGUCAUCAACCACCCGAGCCCGUCUCGACCGUCUUCCUGUGAAACAAAACUCAAGAUGGCGCAAAACAGGCAUUGGGAACAGGACAAGGAGGCGACGGUCUACAUCGGAAACAUCGAUGAGCGCGCCUCGCCAGCUAUGGUGUACGAAAUCAUGGUUCAAAUGGGCCCGAUACACAACAUCUACAUGCCCCGCGACCGCGUCACUCAGAACCACCAAGGCUUCGGCUUCGUCGAGUUUCGAACCCCAGCUGACGCCGAGUACGCAGCCAACGUCAUGAACGGGAUCAAGCUGUACGGGAAAUCUUUGCGCGUCAACAAAGCUAGUGCCGACAAACAAAAGCAAGCAGAGGUGGGCGCCGAGCUAUUCAUCGGAAAUCUGGACCCCACGGUCGACGAGAGGACCCUGUACGACACCUUCUCGCGGUUCGGACCCCUCCUCACAAUGCCCAAGGUCGCACGCGAAGACAACGGAACGUCCAAGGGCUUUGGCUUCAUCUCGUACGCCGACUUCGACAGCUCCGAUGCGGCCGUCGCGAAUCUCAAUGGCCAAUACAUCCUCAGCAAGGAAGUUGCCGUCCAGUACGCCUUCAAGAAGGACGGCAAGGGAGAACGUCACGGUGAUAAGGCUGAGCGUGAGCUGGCGGCUCAGGCCAAGAAGAGGAACAUCUUGCCGGAGCUUCAGCCAGUGCCACCGGCCUUCCUGGCGUCGUCCACCCCCGCUGCAGCCGUGCCUCCAGCGCAAUCACCCGCCGCCACGGCGCCGCCACCGGCCGGCUUCGAUCCGGGCAGCGGCCAUCCACUCCAGCGUCAACCAAUGCCAGCACCCGGGAUGCCGGCUGGCUUCGCGCCCCCGCCGCGAGGUCCAUCCCCCUAUAACGUCGUGCCUUCGCCACAAGGCCUUGGCGGUGGUCCCCCUGCCCCUUACGGUCGCGGUGGCGUGCCACUUCCGCCGCCGCCUUCUGGGCUACCGGCACGCCCGCCUCAGGCACAACGAGCCUAUCCAAACCCAGCUGAUUUCCACCCCGGGAGCCAACCAGUUGGCUUUAGGCCUCCUGGUGGGCCGCCCGGUGCGCCUCCUGGGGCAGCUCCCGGGACUGCUCCCCCCGUGCCGCCAGGGUUUGGGGGUGCGCCUCCUGCCCCGGGGCUUGCCAAUGGCCCUCCUGGACCGACUGGCACACCCCCGGCUCCUCCGGGAUUCAUGCCGCCACCAGGCUUCAACCCGCCAGGCUAUCCCCGGAGGUAGGGAGUACGUACGGGGGUAGACUUCUGGUGCGGUACGAAUUGAAAUUAGCACUGCAAUAAGCCAGGUGGUUCUUUCGACUGGUGUUCGUGGUAUAAGACUACCCGACGGGUCUUUGAGAAAAUUUUGUAAGCAAAGUGAAUAGAGACAAUGAUACCCGGUUCACCAAGUCCGCAGCAAUCCGGCGAUGACGCGGCACAAAGCCGACAUGGAAAAUGGAAAAGGCAUAAGGGCGUUUAAUCGGUGAUUAGUAG